AUGCUAUUGAAGAAGGUCCUAACAGGGAUGUUAUUUCCUUGUAUCAGCACUAUGUUCAACUUCUAUAAAGAACAUGCUAGAUUGAAAGGUUUUAGUGUUUUCAAAAGAUCAGCAGUUAAUGUACGGGGUGGAUCUCGCAAAUAUCAAACAAUUAGUUGCGAUAAAGGAAGGAAAGCAAUUGGUGAGAAAUCAUCAAAGAGGAUAAAUUGUCCUACAAAGAUUAAUGCAAUCAUAAGAGAAAAUGGAAUGUGGCAGAUUUCAAAAGUUAUUUCAAGUCACAAUCACGAAUUGGAACCUUCUAUGUCUAGAUUGAUGGUUGCUCACAGGUCACUGAAUAUGGAUAUGAAGAGGAGAUUGGAGGCAAACGAUAUAGCUGGCAUAAGACCCGCAAAAAGCAUUAGGUUGCUUGAAGUUCAAGCAGGUGGACCAGAAAAUUUAAGCUGUUUGUCAAAGGAUUGUCGAAACUUCAUUGAGCGAAAGAGGAGGCUACGACUUGGUGAUGGUGAUGCUGAGGCUAUACGUAAGUUGUUUGUGAGAAUGCAACGAAACGAUCCUGAGUUUUUCUAUUCAUUUGAUCUUGAUGAUGAUUCCAGGCUUUCAAAUGUUCUAUGGGUUCAUCCUCGUAGUCGAGCUGCUUACGAGGAAUUCAAUGAUGUUGUUAGUUUUGACACUACUUACCUUGUUAAUCGAUACAAGUUGCCAUUUGCCACCAUUGUUGGAGUAAAUCAUCAUGGGCAAUCUAUUUUAUUAGGAUGCGCCUUGAUCUCACAUGAAGAUGUAAACACUUUUAAGUGGUUGUUCAUGACGUGGCUUGAAGCAAUGGAAGAUGUUCAUCCUAAUUCUAUUCUUACAGAUCAAUGCGAGAGCAUGAGGAAAGCCAUUAGGGAGGAGAUGGAGAGGUUAUUUCAAGAAGCAUCCGAUUUGGCUUACGAUGACAAUAAGAUCAAAUUUGUGAAACAACGGUUGGCUGAAUUGAAUCGGGAUUUAUUGAGUCGAAUGAUGGAAUGA